AUGCCUCAGGGUAGCCGAAUUCCCAAUGCUACAACGCCAUCCGGACUCCCACGCUACGAAUUUCCUGAAGAAUCAUUGUGCCAUGAGCAUUAUGGUCUGAAUUUCCCCCCUGACACAGAAGCCCAUGCCGAAAGUCCAAGCGAAGCCGAUUCGGGAGUAUCAACAGCUGCAAACACACCUACCGAUGACAGUGAGAGCCAGGGAAGCCAAGGCACUCAGAGCACCCAGAGAUGUCUUCGGUUGGGUCGCUUCGAGGAUUAUCGCCGUCGUGCUACAAUGGGUGCACAUGAGGCUCAGCUUACUGCCGAGUUCCAGCAGGGCGGCGACUCCCCGACUUUCACUCCCGUGAGUCCAGUUAUGACAUAUUCUGAUGACCAGGCCGAGAAUCUGGAGCCACCUUUUUCUUCUCCCGUUGAUUCUGGGCAGCCCAAUACUGGUUUCUCGGGGCCUCUUAGCUCGUCCCCUGGUAUUUCUCGAAUUCCGGCCGUGGCAUCGGAUAUUAUAUUUCCUGAUGUUCCCUCUACUGAUCCCAAUACUGUUGACUUCGAACCUUUUGACUCGUCCCCUGGCGCUUAUUUUGCGGCCGAGGAAUCGAAUAUAAUAUUCCCUGGUGUUCUCUCUACUGAUCCCAACGCUGUUGACUCCGACCCUUUUGACUCGUCCCCUGGCGCCUAUUCUGCGGCCGAGGAAUCGAAUAUUUUCUUCUCCUCGAAUGGAGUUCCAAGCUUUGAUCAUAACCAGAUCUCCUCGAAUGGGUCACUGGCUUCUUCCCAUCACCAGCAGCCUAUGGUUCCUUUAAGUAUAUUUUCGCAUCCCAAUCCUAAUCCCGAACGCUUUGGCUACAACCCUUCUUUCGACCAACUUCCGGCACCCAUGUCUUCAAAUUACCCUUCCACGGGCUUUAUGAUGCCACCCAACAAUGUGCCAAAUGACCGCUUCCGGAGAUACGGCAUACGCCAGCCCCCAACCUACAAACCGCAGCCUAGAAAUGAAUAUGGACUGCUAUUCGGUGACCAAUCGACAGGCUGGUCUGCGACAAAUACGAAUCUACCACCAAUCAAUUGGCAGAGAGGAGGACAAGGCCAUCCGUCGGGCUAUAGUGGCCCGCCGGAUGAUUGGCAAGCGUAUUCCGGGCCUACAUGCACAUACACUCCCACCACUCCCAUUGGUUCUGGAUUUUACCCUCCAACUCCAGGUAUUUGA